GAUCAAGUAGCCUUCGCGAGGUUAUUCUGUGCCAUAUCAAGCGGAGUCUAAUAGCAGUCAGUCCUAUCAUAUAUGAGCCUUUGUACGUUUGACGUCAAGUGUACAACUUGCGCAGACAAAAGAUGUUGUUAGGGUCGACACUGUCCAGCCUCGCCGCGAUAGUCUAUGCUCUACCUAUGUAAGUGUCCCAUCGAGCAUACCUAUCACGUGGAUAUUGACCUAAGGUUCUUCAGAGCGGCUGCUACGCUACAUCGGCACAACCCCAUCCUCCCCAAACGCCAAGCCUUGGACACAGAUUAUGACUAUGUAGUGGUAGGAUCUGGACCAGGAGGUGGCCCUACAGCCGCUAAUCUGGCAGUCGCUGGGUACAAAGUUCUCUUGAUUGAUGCCGGAGGUGAUUCAGGCACAGCACUCGUGGAAUCGGUUCCGGUCCUCUUCCCGUUUGCCACAGAAUUCGCCGAUACACAAUGGGACUUCUACGCCACUCGUUCUCCAGACCCGGCUACCCAAGCCAAGACGGCAAUCACGUCGUACCGUCUUCCCGAUGGAAGCAUCUACACCGGGCUCGACCCGCCGUCGGAUGCCGUAGCCAUCGGAACGCUCUAUCCUCGUGCAGGUACACUGGGCGGCUGCUCCCGGCACAACGCCUUGAUCGCGAUUCGCGCGUUUGAUAGUGACUGGACAGCCGUGGCUGACCGGACUGGAGACACGACAUGGAGUGGUGCUACAUUCCAGAGACUGUUCGAAGCCAUCGAGCACUGCGACUAUCUGCCCAACUCUGUGGUGGGCCAUGGUUUCACAGGUUGGUUCUGGACCGAGGUCACCAGUCUCGUCACAGCUGUACAGGAUCUGAAGGUAGUCAGUAUCAUUGUUGGCACUGCGAGUGCUCUCGGAAAGGGCAUUACCGGCAUACUCAUUGGAACGGUUGCUGGGCUGGCCGAGAUUUUGCUCAAAGAUGUAAACGCGCCGGGUAGCACCAUCAGCACUGGCCCCUACCAGAUUCCCCUCUCAAUGAAGAACUCGGUACGUGGCGGGGCUAGAGAGCACAUCUUGGAGGUAGCCAACGCCGUCGACGGGAACGGUAACAGGAAAUAUAGGCUGGACAUCAAGUUGAACACACUGGUGACCAAAAUUCACUUCGACCAGAGCGCCAAGCCUCGGGCGACCGGCGUCGAAUAUCUUGAGGGGCAGAGCCUGUACCGGGCGGACCCUCGCUGGGAGAGCGGAAGUGCCACAGGACAAGGUAUAGUGAAUGCUUCCAAGGAAGUCAUCAUCGCCGGUGGUGCGUUUAACACACCGCAGAUCCUCAAGUUGAGUGGUGUUGGGCCUAGGGCUGAACUUGAGAGCUUCGGUAUCCCGGUCGUGGUUGAUCUCCCUGGUGUCGGUGCAAACCUGCGUGACCAUAUCGAAGUGUCGACCAUAUUCAAAGCGUCGUCCAACUUCAGUAUCAUUGAGGGAUGUACCCUUGCCCAAGGCUAUCCCGAGGUACCCGACCCUUGCUUGGAGCGCUACCUCAACGGUGUAACACAGGUCGACAAGGGCAUCUACGCGAGUAACGGUCUUGCCCUCGGCGUCGCUAUUCGCUCUUCUGCUGCCGACCAAGCCGACCCAGACCUGUGGGUCUAUGGCGGCCCUGCCAACUUCCCAGGCUUUUACCCACACUGGGCCGAGGCCGCCGUGGCCGAUCACCGCCACUGGGUCUGGGUUAGUCUGAAAGCAAGCACGAAGAACCGCGCAGGUACCGUUACGUUGGCCAGCGACGACCCGCAGGAUGUGCCGGUCAUUGCGUUCAAUACCUUCGAGGAUGAUCUGUCGGCGGAUCAAGAUCUGCAGGCGAGUUAUGAAGGAAUCAAGUUCGCAAGAGAUGCUAUGGACAAGAUGAUCCCGCUUGGUGGAUCGUUCGUCGAGGAAAAGCCGGGCCGGGCUAAUGCGCCGACCAUAGAUGAUGUGAAGGAAUAUGCCAAGACGCAGAGUUUCGGGCAUCAUGCGUGUUGUACGGCGGCCAUUGGAGGUGACGAAGACGAGGGCGCAGUCCUGGAUUCUGCCUUCAGGGUCCGAGGCACCACAGGUCUGAGAGUUGUGGACGCCAGUGCUUUUCCGGUUGUGCCUGGGUUCUUCAUUGCAUUGCCAACUUACUUGCUUGCUGAGAAAGCCAGUGAGGCGAUCUUGCGCGAUGCUGCGGCAUGGUAGUUCUUGGGGCACGGAGCAGCCAUCAUUGGGAGAGGUAUUAUUGCAGUUGCGAUGAGUACAUUUAUUGUUAAUAUUAUUGUAGCGAGGUAACGAUUCCGUGCCUUUUUAAUGAACGACGACCCGAUGAUGUUAUCCAACUCACGCCAGAAUUGUCGUGUGCUUUAAUUGAGAUCUAUUCUUCUUGGAUCUUCGUUCUUCAAUUAGUCAUGCCUUAUGGUCACUUUGUUAUUGCGACCAACGAAUUCUUUUACUUUACUAGCUGUGCC